CCAUCUCGAAGUGGAACUGUCAAAGGUGAAAAUGGCGAAGUGUAAUGGAGUCGAAGAAUCGAUGAUAAGUUAUUAAAUUAAUUAUUUUGUGACAAGUAUAUACACAUCCGCGUUACAGGAAUUGUGUUGAGAAAGCAUAAAUUGAACAAUUCAAUUGUGAGCCCACGUAUAAUUUCUCUACAUUUCUACUUUUGGAUCUGGCUUUGCAUUCGGAAGAUAUAAAUGAACCAAAACCAAAUACAGCAACUUACCAAUCAUCUAUCACAGGCACUUGAUCAAAACUACGAUGUGGUUAAUAUGGAUGCUGUGCUCUCUGUUAUAUCUGCACUGGAAGGUACAACAAUCACCAAGGAACAGCUGGAGGCCACCAGACUUGCAAAGUAUAUAAAUCAACUUAGAAGAAGGACUAAAAAUGAGCACCUGGCUCGACGUGCCAAGUCAUUGUUAAAGAAGUGGCGGGAAAUGGUGGGAAUUCAGCAAAUGGCCACUGAUAUUGUAUCACAUUCCAUUAAAUCUGCUUCCCAGCCUUCACAGCCAGCAUCCGAUUUUGUAAAGUCUGCUACAAUGCCACCAGUCAGCCACAUGGCCGAGUCAGUUGCCCAUUUGUCGUUAUCUCAAUCGUCCACUUCCCAGCAAAUGGAAAUGCAUUCAAAUGUCGACACUUCUGAACCUCCGCCUUUGGGUCUGCAUACUCAGCUUCAUACGAACAUUUUUAAUUUUGUGAACCAUAUGAAUGAGUACGAUCGCGAUGAAAAUAACUCUAUAAAUUCACUUCACAAUCAAAAGCCUAUCAUCAUUGAACACUCAUCGAAUUCAAUGUUUAGUGUCAGCACUGAAAAGAUACACGAUGCUUCAGUUGUUAUUGACAUUGUGUCCGAUUCCGAUGAGAACGACAACAAUUGUACGUCGAAAAGAAGAAAAACAAACUUAAGUGUUCCUGUACCCCUUUCAAUUCCAACUACGCCAAGCCCUCGACAGAAAAAAGUAAAAAAGGAGAAAAAAUGCAAAGAUAGAGAGGGGCUAGUCACACAAACCUUGAGAAUUUGUGAUUCAGACAUUUUUUCUCUAUCGAACAGUUCUAUGAGCUCAAUUUUAUCUGGGGAUGCUUCAAUGGCUACUUCGCAGCAAAAAACUCGAUUAGGGUCAAGCGAGUUGACAUUUACUGGCCGAUUUAAGUCUGUUAAUCAAAUGGAUGCUUCGAGCCGUAGCAAUUUCAGCUUUUCGGCUGAAAAAAACAAAGAUUCGGGGAAACAAAAAAUGGUUGAAUCUACUGCUUAUGACUCAAGUGCAUCAUGUAGCCGUCUGUCUCCAUCAACUGUCGAAGAGGUUAGGAAACCUGAAAAUGUGUUUGAUGCAAUUCAGAUGCCUACGCCUACUGCUGGAAUAGGCUUUGAUCAAAAUAGUAGGACUGGGUAUUUGGAAAGCGCUUCACAGUCCCAAAUGCCAAAAAGGCGUGGAAGAAAAAAAGGAUCAAAAGGUGUAGACGCUCUGAUUGCUAAGGAGUCAUCUAGCCUGUCUCAACAAAUAUUUUUUGGUGGAUCAACUGUUAAGAAGGUGAAGACUACGAAAGAACUCUUCAAUGAAAUUCAGGGCAGAAAAUUGAGUACUUCGAUGCAAUCGUCAACUAGUAAUCUUUCUAAUUCGUCAACAAAUCGGGAAUUGACUUCGCGUGCUAUUUUUCCAAGACCAACGUCGUCUUGUUCAGAUACAUCAAUACAUUCUGCACAUAUUUUGGAAUCUUAUUCAGGGAAUGAUACUUUUGCCAGCAAAAUAGAUCUUGCAAAUACGGACAGUGAUACCGCCACUUCGGAACCAUCGCGCGAUAGUAAUAAAUCACAAGAAAUUAAGGAGUGCCAUUCAUUUGAUAGCAAUAGCAAUUCUGUUCAAAACAUACAUUUAGCAAUGAAUUUAGAAAACUUGGCGCCGAAAACUUUUAAUGAUGUCACCACUCAAUUAAUGCAUCUAAUUCACAGCCUAAACAGCCCACCGAGUGAUAUUGAUAUUGAGAGAAUGUAUCAGGCUCAAAUUGUACCAUGUACGUGCAUAGUUAUUGAGGAAGUUCAAACUGCAUUAGGGGAGUCCGAUAAUUCCACUGUGGACACUAAUACGAACGAUCUAAAGUCUGAUUUAAAUUAUAAAGAGAAAAUUUCUCACCACAAGAAUGAAGAACAAUUUCUUGCUUUGGAACGUUCUGAUAAUGGUGAAGUAGGUGACAUUUAUCCAAAACCAGUUAAGUCCAUAUUUGAUCUAGAUUAUGAUGAUAACGAAGAUCCUUUGUGCUCUAUUUUGGAUGAAGUACGAAAGCCAUUAGCUAAAUUGGAGGAUAAAAAAAAGAAAACAGAUACUAAUAACGUAUCUUUUAAUGGAUCUACACAAAGUGUUCCCAUCAAAUUGAUAAAUUUUGUUUGUGAUCCUCAAAUUGACUGUAAAGGUCAAGAAAGAGAUAUCAGUGAAAUUCAAAAUGCAGUUUUACCAAUUUUCACUGUUCAAGAAGAUCCCGAUUGCAUAGCUAAACAAAGGUUUUAUAUACAAACAAACAAUGUGACCCGUUUUCACAUAAAUGCAUUGCAUAAUUUCUACAUACCAAAUAUAAACGGAAAUUGGGAUAGUGUGGACACGUAUCCUAGCUUUCAACCUGAAAAUGAUAUUCUACAUACUUUGGAAUCAUACACAGUGACCAAUGGAGCUGAUGUUGUUCCUAAAUAUGGACUUCUAACAGCAGAUCGAAUAAAAAAAGAUCUAAGUUCUUUAAAACUAUUAAAACCUUUUAAGGCAAAAAAAUUUAAAUCUCUCAUGACCCCGUUUCUUGGAGUUGCCAAAUGCUUACCGACUUGUCGACGAGCUAAGCAAAGGGUUAAGUGGCUUAACUCAUCGACUGCUCCUCAUAUAAUUUCGAAGCGUUUAGAAGCGUCCAAGAACAAUAUAGACUACAAAUAUAAUAGUCCGAGUCCGCUAAACGUUAAUAUUGAUGUUGCAUUUUCUGAUAUAAAAAGGGGUAAUGAAAACCAUGAGCCACUGCAGGUCGAUUCCAACGUAAAAAAAGCAUCCUCAUCUCAAUCAUUAGACUUCUCUGCUAAUGAUUUUAGUUAUAAUUUAUUAAAACUGGCUAUUGAUGACGUGCAUUUUGGGGAUGCUGAUAUAAGCCAUCAAAGCAGUGAACACCCUUUUCAACUUAACAGUACUUUUAGAUGUAACAGUUCUGACAUUAGUAGAUAUUCCCGUUUAACAGAACCUCAUCACUCCAUGAAUGAAAAGCCGAGAAGAAAAAGGACUCGUUCAAUUGGUAGAAAAUCAGAGAUAACUUCAGAAAAAAAACAACAUUUACGGAAUUCUACGAAAAAGAUUAGACAUGAACGUGGUGAAUUUCAUUUGGAAGAAACGCUGGUUAAGAAGUCUUUAAAUGGAUCCGUUUCAAAUCUAAGUUUUAAUAAUAGCAGCAGUAAUAGUGACAAUGAUGCGUAUAAUGAUAAUGAAAAUGAAUUCGAUAACUGUAAUAACGAAGAGUAUGCUAUAGUUCAACGCCCAAUAGGUGACGGCGGAGCUUGCAGUAAUCAUAUUGUAUUGACAAUAAAGAAAACGCCAAGCAAAAUUAAUUCUCCAGCAAAUUCAAUUACAGAAGUUUCACCAAAUACUACAUCAGAUGUAUCAAAAUCCAACACCCAGUUUUAUUUGGAAGAUAUAACAAAAUCACCAAAAACAGCUGAAAUUCCACUGACGAAAAACACUUUAGUAACAAAAACAUGCAGAAUUCACUCUCUGUCUAGACAUACCCGUGAUCGGCGUACGUAUGGAAAACAAGAUAAGGAUCAUAGCAAGACUGUUGAUUUAGGAGUAAAACAUUUGUACCAUUUAAAAACAAAGGCAACAGAUUGCCCCUCAGACAUUAAACUUCACAAUAAACUUUUUUUUCACCACGAAUUGUGCAGAACGGACGCUGCAGGAAUAAAUGAAAGAAUACUAAAUUAUAGUAGUAGUAGCAACUCAAGUUUUGACGAGGAUAGCGAAGUAGAAAAUACCUCCGUGGAGGAUGAAGGAGGAGAAGUAAAGAAACGAUCCAUUUUCGACACAUACAAUUUACAAAUUGAGACUGAAACAAGUUCCAUAGCAAGGAUUUCUGAGGUCAAAUUUGAAAGCGAGGAAGAUUCAUUUUUAACGUCAUUAAGUGAUAGCGAUAAUGAUGAUCAAGAUGAAAAACCUGAGACGGUCGAUAAGCGCGAUGAUUUUCAUAACAACAGAAUGCUGAAAUCUUUUAAUUCUAUAUUUUCUGAAAGUCUGAUAAGAAAACCUAAGACGGCAUCAAUUGGCACUAAAUCAUCCCCGACCAUAAUGUCACCCGGAAAUAAAUCUGAUAGAUGUUCUGAUAAUCACAAUUUAGAUUUAGACGAAUCCAAUGAAUUCAGUAAUAUAAGUCGAAAAUCCAUCGAGUCUACGGAGUCAACGAUUAAAAUGCCAUUACUUGGCGCUGAGUACCGUACUGGGAUUCGAUCAUCUUUAAGCAUUGCCUCUACCACAUCAACUGAAAAAAACAUAAACAAGAUUCAGCAAUUUAAGGAAUGGCAUCAAGUUCUUCAAUUAAAAUCUUAUAACAACGAGCCAUUAAUAGUUCUGCCUUACGUUUUGCUUGAAUGAAUUCAACGUUUCAAAACAAAAAGAAGAAAAUGUAGGACCGUAUAGCACACUAACAAAUUUGAAAAAUUUUCAUCAACUAAUAACAUGUUUUUCGUAUGAUUAGUCAGCUUUAAUGAGGUCAAUGCGCUGUUGGUUAAUUGUACGUUUGCCAAAAUUAAAAUAAAUAUAAAAGUCUAUGAAAAACGGCUUUUGCAAUAUUAUUUUUGUUACAUUUUAUUGUUAAAAAUUUUUAUUUUUUACUUCAACAUUUUUCAACAAAUAAUUUAAGUUACACAAAAUAAUGUAUAAUAAUUGUAAAUAAACUAGGUAUACAUACACUAA